GGCAUAGCGACGGAGGGUCGUGCUGCAGAAUCAUACCGACAUACUCGGCGUCGCCUCGUCUGCCGAUCUUGCCCCCGAACAGUUGCGACGCGUCUGGUGUUCGCGAGCUCUACUGAGCUUCCUCAGAUUCCCUACACGACCCAUCGCGCGUAUCAAGGACGGCCAUGUUUACGAGCACGGGGAAGACGGCGCCGCCCCAGGCCUUCAUGUCCAGCUAUGCGCCACGCCUGCGCAGCCAUGGAAAUUCGCUCAUAUCGCCCAUUGUCCCGCCGUCGAAUACGCUGCCUGCGCCGCGCGUGACGAAACGUGGAACUGCCGUCCUCAGUUACGCGGAAGAUGCCUACGACGACGACGAUUUCGAGGACAGCGACCGCCCGCGACGAGCCACUGGCCUCCGCAGCGUCCAAAAGGCCGACCCGUCGAGUGCCGACCACUCGGCGCAAAUCGCCGCUUUGGGCGAGGAGCUCACAGCACCAAUCGACCUGCAGGGAAUAUGGCGGGACUGGAUGGGCAGGCCGAAGCGCACAUUAACGGAGAAGCAAGUACAGACGCAGUCUGCCUUGCCAGUGACACUGAUCCCCAUCCGAAUAGACAUGGACAUCCAGGCUUUCCGCCCAGAGGCGCCACUGCCCACGCCCUCCAACGCUCGCGAGUUUGGCAUCAACGAGAACCUGCCCGCAUACAAGCAGCCCGACGUCACUCCUGCGUACAGACUCAAAGACUCGUUUCUGUGGAACCUGCACGAAGCACUUACGACGCCCGACCAAUUCGCAAAGCAAUUUGUCGACGAGCUGGAUCUCCCAAACGAGCGGAAACCCUUCAUAAUAAGCCAGAUUGCGAGCCAGAUCCGACAGCAACUCGAGGAAUAUGCUGGUGUUGCGCUUCAUCCGCUUUUCCACUCGACCAAUUCGCCCACUGUACAAGGCACGAGCGCCAAACCCGUAGUAGCUGCCUUCUCCCGCGAUGGCACCUCCACUCCCGUAGUCGCAGCCACGAAUGGCGCAUCGACUCCCAUGACCAACGGCGCAUCUCACGCAGAUGGUGCGCCGACAGCAGUAGGCAUACCAAAUGGCAUCAGCGCAAAAGCCACGGCCCUACCCUCCGAGGAACUUCACAAUCCGGACGACACGUACCGGUGUAUUGUCACACUGAACAUCAAUCUCAUGAACCGGCUGUACACGGACAAGUUUGAAUGGUCAUUGCUCCAUCCGCCGGGUUUUGCAGAAAUGUUUGCAAAGACAACUUGCGCAGAUCUUGGACUUUCGGGAGAGUGGGUGAAUGCCAUGACGCACAGCAUCUACGAGGCCGUCUUGCGGCUGAAGAAAGAGGCUUGCGAGAAUGGCGGGCUAGUGGGUGACGGAGAGAUUGACAACGACGCGGUGGAGCCCAGCAUUGGCGCAGGAUGGCGAUAUGAUCAAGAGCAUCUCUGCGACGAGUGGGAGCCAAAGGUUGAGAUUCUAUCACCCGAGGAGAUUGAGAAGCGUGAGGGCGACCGUGAGAGGCAGAUUCGCCGAUUACGGCGAGAAACGGCGCGCUUCUCGUCGACAGCAAACAUGACGGGCACUCCUGCCAAUGAGUUUUUCAACAACAUUGAAGGGCAAGAAAACAUGGGUCGUGGCGAGCGCAGCAAGAAGAAGAGAAGGUUUAGGAGUCUUAGCCCUGUCGGACGCGGCACGCCUGGUGCUGGGGGAGGAUCUGGCUACGGCGGGCAAGACGGCGGGCUGCAAGAGGGGGAGAGACAGACAUGGCGAUGCUCACAUUGCUGGGUCUGGGGGACUGCCGUUUGGGCUGUCCGCGACGGACCCAAAGGACCGCGUACCCUGUGCAACAACUGCGGGUACCUUUACGAACGUGACAAGAAGUUGCCACCUUGGUCUGAAAACCUCUUUUAUCAUGAAAGGCCGCUGCACGAAGUCCCACAAUAUCGGCCGCAAAGAUGAUGGGUCUUGUGCUACAUUACCCAAACUUUCCUUCAGGACAGCAGCGAGGUGACGGGGCUGCCCUUGCACACUGAGCCUCAAGGGUUGAAUUAAUUGCAUUAUUUUCUGCAGCAUGGCGUCUUGGGUGAGUGGCUGUCAUGACGGUACACUUGUAUAACAUCAUAUAACAUUACCAUUGCCAACAUAGAAGACGUUUGCAGAGUGUCUGAGCCAGCCUUGAACCGGGUGGGCCGGAUCAAUCAUCUGCAGAAGCACUUGCGUUU